AUGUCCGCCGCCUCCGGUCAUCGGCACCACCAUCCGACGCCCGCGAGUUCAACGGACGUCUCUAUUUCUUUUUCCCCGAUUGAUUCCUCCAUUAUUUCAAGAAAAUCCAAUCCCAAAAGACGGCCUCUAAUCCCUGCUCCAGCCACUCCCUUCGCCACUGACGAUGAUAAAUCAUGGCAAGGGGAAAUCUCAUGGCAGUUCAAACCAACUGGAUGGCGAGAUUCUCGCAAUUUGGGCAUAGCCUUAGGUCCCUGGGCCGCCUCCGUUGCGCCAUCUUCAUUUUCCAGUAGCAGAGUCUUUCGCCGAACCGCUAAUGAUUACUAUCUUUCUCCUUCUCGCCGUGUUCGCCGGAGAUCUCCGAGUCCGUACAGCGACGGUUCCGGCUAUGUUCCGGCCGGCAGAAUGGAGUUACAGAGCUUUGUGGGAAGAGAAACAGAGAACUCGUUAUUCAUCGGAGAAAGUAACAUUCCCGGUGAAACCAGUAAAAUCAGCUCUUCUUCCGGCUGGAAAGAUGAAAGUAAAGAUCCCUUGGCUAACAAGGAUGUUCGUAGCAAGAAUUAUCAUGAUGUUUCUGAACAUGCUUAUAGCUUUGAACGUAGUGGGAUGUAUUCUUCCUAUACUGAUGAUAGUGUUCCGGAUGAUGGUGAGGAUGAGGAUGAAGUGGAGCCGGCUAAGGCAGUUGGGCUCUUUAGCUUGUUUAAGUAUUCAACGAAGUUGGAUUUGCUUCUUAUAACUUUGGGCUGUUUGGGAGCUCUCAUCAAUGGCGGAUCUCUUCCUUGGUAUUCCUAUCUUUUUGGGAAUUUUGUCAACCAGAUUGCUACAGAAUCGUCUGAAGCUGACAAGGACCAGAUGAUGAGAGAUGUUGCAAGGAUAUGCCUGUUCAUGACUGGAUUAGCAGCAAUAGUGGUGGUUGGAGCAUAUUUGGAGAUAACCUGUUGGAGAUUGGUGGGGGAUCGAUCGGCUGAACGGAUUAGAACGAAGUAUCUACGAGCCAUUCUACGACAGGAUAUCAGCUUUUUCGACAUGAAGAUUAGCACAGGUGAUAUCAUGCAUGGAAUUUCCAGUGACGUAGCUCAAAUCCAAGAAGUAAUGGGGGAGAAGAUGGCUCACUUCAUUCACCAUAUAUUCACCUUCAUAUGUGGGUAUGUAGUAGGUUUUCUAAGGUCAUGGAAAGUUUCUUUGGUUGUCUUCUCAGUGACUCCACUUAUGAUGUUCUGUGGCAUAGCUUACAAAGCCAUUUAUGUUGGCUUAACUUCAAAAGAAGAGGCUUCCUACAGGAAAGCUGGGGGAGUGGCAGAGCAAGCCAUCAGUUCAAUCCGAACUGUGUUUUCAUUUGUUGCAGAAGAUAACCUGGCUGCUAAGUAUGCUGAGCUCUUGGAAAACUCUGUGCCGUUUGGGAAGAAGAUUGGAUUCUCAAAGGGUGCUGGAAUGGGAGUUAUCUAUCUGGUCACUUACUCAACGUGGGCUUUGGCUUUCUGGUAUGGAGCUAUCUUGGUUGCCCGGAAUGAGAUCACUGGUGGCGAUGCAAUCGCUUGUUUCUUUGGCGUCAACGUCGGAGGAAGAGGAUUGGCUCUGUCACUGUCAUAUUUCGCUCAGUUUGCACAAGGAACAGUAGCAGCAGGCAGAGUUUUCACAAUCAUAGACAGAGUUCCUGAGAUAGAUUCUUACAGCCCAUUGGGAAGAACACUCCCAAAUGUUCGUGGAAGGAUAGAGUUCAAGGGCGUCAGCUUUGCAUACCCAUCUCGUCCAGACUCCCUGAUUCUGAAUUCAUUCAAUCUGGUGUUCCCAUCUUCAAAGACACUCGCUCUUGUUGGUGCCAGUGGCGGUGGUAAGUCCACUGUCUUUGCUCUCAUAGAGAGGUUCUACGACCCCAUUGAAGGGACGAUUAGUUUGGAUGGGUGUGAUAUAAGGACACUGCAAAUCAAGUGGCUGAGAGAUCAGAUUGGGAUGGUGGGUCAAGAACCCAUCCUUUUUGCCACAAGUAUUAUUGAGAACGUUAUGAUGGGGAAGGAGAAUGCUACUGAAAAAGAGGCCAUUUGGGCUUGUGUUGCUGCAAAUGCUGAUACCUUCAUCUCUGGUCUUCCACAUGGCUACGACACCCAGGUUGGAGACAGGGGAACUCUGCUUUCCGGUGGUCAAAAACAGCGAAUAGCAUUGGCACGAGCAAUGAUCAAAGACCCCAAAAUUCUUCUCUUAGACGAACCAACAAGCGCAUUAGACCCAGAAUCCGAGUCUAUAGUUCAAAAGGCCAUCGAUCAACUUUCUUUAGGCCGAACAACAAUUGUUAUCGCUCACAGGCUUGCAACUGUCAGAAACUCUCACGCCCUUGCUGUCAUUGAACAUGGCUCCGUCGUCGAAAUUGGUACCCACCAUCAGCUUGUGGAACGACAAGGCGCUUAUUACAACCUUGUCAAGCUCGCAUCCGAAGCAGUUCGAGAAACUUCUCUCAACCAAAAUGAUGCUCAGAAAUUCACCGAUCUUUCAUUGAGUGAUAUCUCGAAGUCAGAGUAUGUUGUUGAGCUUUCAAAGUCGGAGUACUUCAAAUCUUCUGUAGAGGAGGAUCAAGAGGGGAAGAAAGAGGAGAAGCGAAGAAAUGUUAGGACUUUAGAAAUAUUGAAACUACAAAAGCAAGAGCUUCCAAUGCUACUAUUGGGCUGUCUCAUGGGUUUGAAUGCAGGAGCCAUUUUGUCGAUUUUUCCUUUCAUUCUCGGAGAGGCCCUUCAAGUUUAUUUCGAUAGUGAAACUUCAUCAAACAUGAAAACGAAAAUUGGGCAUUUGUGUAUAGUGCUGGUUGGGUUGGGGAUUGGCUCCAUUCUGUUCAUGACAGGGCAGCAAGGCUUUUGUGGUUGGGCUGGAACUAAGCUCACAGUGAGAGUGAGAGAUCAUUUGUUUAGAUCAAUACUGAAACAAGAGCCUGGUUGGUUUGAUUUCCCUGAGAAUUCCACUGGAGUUCUUAUUUCUAGGCUAUCGAUUGACUGCAUCAAUUUUCGUUCGUUUCUCGGCGAUCGAAUCUCAGUCUUGUUGAUGGGAUUGAGUGCAGCUGCAGUUGGCCUUGGUAUCUCAUUUUGGCUUGAAUGGAGAUUGACCCUGUUGGCUGCUGCUCUAACUCCUUUCACUCUUGGUGCCAGUUACAUAAGCUUGAUUAUCAAUAUUGGACCAAAACUUGAUGAAAAUGCUUAUGCCAAAGCUAGCAAUAUUGCUUCAGGUGCAGUGUCAAACAUAAGAACAGUGACGACAUUUUCGGCGCAAGAACAGCUGGUUAAAGCCUUUAAUCGAUCGUUAUCCGUGCCGAAAAAGAAGUCGGUUAAAAGGUCGCAAAUUUUAGGCUUCACAUUUGGCUUCUCUCAAGGUGCCAUGUAUGGGGCUUAUACUCUUACUCUCUGGUUUGCUGCACGCCUCGUCCAACAAGGCAAAACAAGUUUUGGUGAUGUGUAUAAGAUUUUCCUCAUUCUUGUUUUGAGCUCCUUUUCUGUUGGACAGCUUGCGGGUUUAGCACCGGAUACUUCCAUGGCAGAGACUGCAAUUCCAGCUGUGUUGGAUGUCAUCAAUCGAACGCCAUUAAUAGGUGACGAGAAAGGAAAAAGUAAGAAGGAACGGUUGACAAAUUUUGACGUCGAAUUUAAAAUGGUGACAUUUGCAUACCCUUCUAGGCCUGAGGUGAUUGUGCUAAGGGACUUCUGCUUAAAGGUUAAAGGAUGCAGCACAGUAGCUUUGGUGGGUGAGAGUGGCUCGGGAAAAUCGACGGUUAUAUGGCUAACUCAACGAUUUUACGAUCCAAUUCGGGGGAAGGUGCUGAUGGGAGGUGUGGAUUUGAGGGAGAUCAACGUGAAAUGGUUGAGGAGGCAAACAGCUUUGGUUGGCCAAGAGCCUGCACUGUUUGCUGGAAGCAUAAGAGACAACAUUGCAUUUGCCAAUCCAAAUGCCUCAUGGUCUGAGAUUGAAGAGGCUGCUAGAGAUGCUUACAUUCACAAGUUCAUCACUGGCCUCCCUCAAGGAUAUGAAACACAGGUUGGUGAGAGCGGGGUUCAACUCUCGGGAGGCCAGAAACAACGGAUAGCGAUAGCGAGGGCGAUACUAAAGGAUGCAAGUGUGUUGUUGCUGGAUGAGGCAAGCAGUGCACUGGACCUGGAAUCCGAAAAACAUGUCCAAGAUGCACUUAGGAAGGUGUCAAAGCAAGCUACUACAAUCAUAGUCGCACAUCGACUUUCAACUAUCCAAGACGCUGAUAUGAUUGCAGUCGUUAGAAAUGGCUCGGUCGUCGAGCAUGGCAGCCACGACACCCUAAUGGCCAAGGCUCAUUUCGACGGUGUGUAUGCAAACAUGGUUCAUGCUGAAUCUGAAGCCACUACAUUUUCUUAGCCUAAUUUCUCAGCUUUGUAUUUACUCAAAUC